AGAGUUUUGUCUGUAGAGGCUGAAGAGAGCAACACGCAACACGCUCCAAGAGAUCUGGUCGUGCCCCGGACGUGGACAGGACGGCUCUUCUCCGGGCUUUGCCACCUGCCGUUCAGAUUAGAUGGAAAAACUCUGCUUUUCUGCUACAUCACCUCCAUUCCCACAUAGCUGCGUUGCCCCCGGCCCGUCGCGUGGUCCGUAGCAAUUGCCCCGGGGGGAGAAGGCUCCACACCUUCCCAAGCAGGUGCUUGCAAGGACCGGUUGCCUUUUGCCUGCGCUUCUUCCUAGCACCGGGUUCCCCUGCCUCCGGACUUGCCUCCGAGGAGAAGUCUGCAUCCGUGCUGCUGUGACUGCAGCCUUCUCCAUCCAACUGAGAGUGAAAUUAUGUGUGAAAGAAGAGUCGGGGCUCCCUCCCCGCUCACAUUACGACGCCUCUCGCGCUUGCUGCAAGCUCAGCCGCGCACUCAAGGAUGCUGCAUCUCAAAGUCCAGUUUUUGGACGACUCCCAGAAGAUCUUUGUAGUCGAUCAAAAGUCUUGUGGAAAAGGCUUGUUCAACCUGAGUUGUGGCCACCUCAACCUCGCCGAGAAGGAGUACUUCGGACUGGAGUUUCAAGGCCAGGCUGGGAAUAAUGUGUGGUUGGAGCUGCUCAAACCCAUAACGAAGCAAGUGAAAAAUCCUAAGGAGAUUCUUUUCAAAUUUAUGGUGAAAUUUUUCCCAGUGGACCCCGGACACCUGCGAGAAGAGCUGACAAGAUACCUGUUCACCCUCCAGCUCAAGAAGGACCUGGCCGUGGGGCGGCUCCCCUGCAGCGAGAACAGCGUGGCCUUGCUGGUGUCGCACCUUCUGCAGUCGGAGCUGGGCGAUUUCCACGAGGAGGCGGACCAGCAGCACCUGGAGACCCACAAGUACUUGCCCAACCAGGACAGUCUGGAGAGCAAGAUCAUGCACUAUCACCGGAAACACGUGGGGAAGACGCCAGCUGAGUCCGACAUCCAGCUGCUGGACAUAGCCCGGAAGCUGGACUCCUAUGGGAUCCGACCUCACCCGGCCAGUGAUGGGGAAGGGACGCAGAUCAACCUGGCUGUCACACACAUGGGGGUCCUGGUGCUGCGGGGCAACACCAAGAUCAACACCUUCAACUGGGCCAAAAUCCGGAAGCUGAGCUUCAAGCGGAAGCAUUUCCUCAUCAAGCUGCAUGCCAAUGUCGCCGCGCUGUGCAAGGACACGCUGGAGUUCAGCAUGGCCAGCCGGGACACCUGCAAGGCCUUCUGGAAGACGUGCGUCGAGUACCAUGCCUUCUUCCGGCUCUCCGAGGAGCCCAAGUCCAAGCCCAAGGCGCUGCUCUGCAGCAAGGGCUCCAGCUUCCGCUACAGCGGGAGAACCCAGCGGCAGCUGCUGGAGAACGGGAGCAAAGGGAAGCUACGGAGCCUGCCCUUUGAGAGGAAGCACUGCGCCGCCCGCUACAGUGAGAGGCAGUGCCGCUCCUCGCCGGACCUCCUCACCGAUGUCUCCAAGCAGGUGGAGGACCUGCACCUGGCCUAUGGCAGCAGCCGGGGCUGCUACCGGGCGGCCAACGGGGCACACGCCUCGGCGCCCACGCUGGACAGCCGGCGCCGCAACUCGGCGGUGGAGGUGACCUUCACGGCCGAGCUGGAGCGCUCCCGGCCUGAGGCCGACCCUGCGCGGCUGCCCCACUCCUGCAGCAGCGCGGCCUUCCCCUGGGUCUACGCCGAGCUGGAGCGCGAGCGCGACUGGGAGCUUGCCGAGGCCUUGGGCCCAAGGGGCCCCCUCACCUCCUUCCAGCCCAGCCAUGGCAAGAGCACGUCCGUGGGCAACAUGCGCGAGGCAGCCGCCUGCCCGCUAACCUACACCGACGUGCCCUACGUGGCCCCGGAGCCCAUGGCCCCACAGGUUUUCUUCUACGUGGACAGGCCUCCGGCACUGCCGCAAUUCAGCCCCACGCUGGCUGCCACCGAAGGGGCCACGAAGACGUCCGCGAGGCCCUCCAAGCGAAGCCCGAGCCUGGCCAGGAUGUGGGAGCCUAUGCUGGAGCCGCCGGCCCAACUGGGUGGCAGCAGCAUUAGCCCCGAGGAGGAGGAGGAGGAGAGCGGUGCCCUGGGCGGCGCUGACUACGGCAUCCAGGAGCAGCCGCCCAAGCGGUCGUGGAGCCAGUCGGACAUGAAAACCCUCCGCUUCCCCUACGGCUCAGAGUUUCGGCCGCUCGGCCCCUGCCCUGCGCUCACCAGCCGCAAGGGCACGGUGCUGCGGUAUGUGCUGGCCCCGCCACCCCCCCCAGAGCGGUACGUGGGCAGCGGCACCGAGUCCAGCGACUCUGACCCUGACCUGCUGGCCACCGACUACGGGGUGCUGUACGGGCGGGUGAUGCGAUCACCCCUGGCCCGUGUGCGACUGUCCUCGGGCAGUCUCCAGCUGGAUGAGGAGGACGAGGAGGUGGCCGCGGCCACGGGCGGUCCUGAGAGCAGGACGGCACCUGGCCCAUCCAGUUAUUACACCUAAGGGGCAGACAGGGCAGAAGCUGGUGGGUUGUUGGUGUUGUGCAAGUGCAAGUAGCUGUAGAGGAUGUGGUACUGAGGGCCACGCAGAGCACCCACUCCUCGUGUCCCAGCUGGCAUGUUCUCCCCCCUCCUGCCCCGGCCCCGUACCAGCUGCAGGGAGCCUGCGUGGUGGAGACCCCCAUGCCCUUCCUGCUGCUGGUCGUGGUGGAAAGCAUCGAGAGGCGCAGGUGUGAUAGUUUGCUUUGGCUCCAGGAGCCGAGAGAUGAUGGCAUUGAUGAGAGCGGCAGAAGUUUGCGUUCAGAUGUGGAUGCAUCGAGAAAGAGCUCGUCCUGAAGAAAGGCAGAGGUGUGUGGGGCUGCACAAGUGUCUGGGUUAAAGCCCUAUGACUACCCUGCAUCCCCUGCAAACCUGCCCGCUGCCUGGUCCUCGAGCAGUUCCCACCUUGGCAUCGCUCUGCUGGCUCCAGUUCCAAGAGGAGCUAAAUCCCAGCUCCCUUGGCCCCAGCCCUCUGCCUUCCACCUAACAGGAUCCUCCUGCCCCUGGGCUCCCUGGAAAGAAGAGAACAGCAACACCCCCACCCCACCUUCAGUCCUGUACCCUACCCUGCACCUCCUGCUCCUCAGCACUGCACCCUCGGCAAGGCGUUAUCCAGACCCCUUUGCUUCUAGGGCAGCAGCCACUGCCACAAGCCACAUGCACUCGGGCUUGGGCUCAGGUUCCUGGUGACCCUUGGGGCUGUGCAGAGGAGUAGAAAGGGCUCUGCUUCUGCACUUUGCCAGGACGGUGGGGAGAUGCAGAUGAAGCCCCCUCUGAAAGAAGAGGACCUGCAAGGGAGCUG